GCCAAAACCAUGACAGGACCCAGGAGAACCCUCCGGCUCUGUCCCGGUCCAGCAGCGAGGGGGGGUCCAACAGGAUGUCCCUGAGCUCUGACACUGAGGGUCCCCCCCCAGGACCUCUGCAUCCCUCCCUGUCCCGCCGACCCAACCCCGACAUCAGCGAGGAGGACGGGGAGGGCGACCCGACUCCCUGCCUGAACGUCCAGAAUGGUCUGACCCGCUGCCUCGCCGGUGACAACCAAACAGACACGGACUGUACCAAGUCGGAGGUGCAGGACACAGAUGACAGUAACACUGUGGUGGACUGUGCGGCUGCUCGGACUGUACCAAAGAGCGAAGCUGCAGCAGGGUUGAACUACGAUUCUGUUAAAUACACGCUGGUGGUGGACGAACACGCUCAGCUGGAGCUGGUCAAACUCAAAGAUUGUUUCCACGGUUACAACGAGCACAACGACGACAGCGACGCCGAGACCGUCUACCAGUCGGCCAAUGAGGACGAAGAUCCGGAGUACAAGGAGGAGAGGAAGAAGACCGAGGAGGAGAAGAAGCUAGAGAGGAGGAAAGAGGAGGAGAAGAGGCGAAAGGAGGAAGAGGAGAUGAGGAAGAAGAGGGAGGAAGACAUAAAGAGGAGGCGGGAGGAGGAGGUGAAGAGGAGGAGGGAGGUGGUGGCGAGAGUCUGCAAACAGUCCAAGGUGGCGUCGACCACGACUUCAGAGGAGGACGAGGCUAACGGAGGAAGAGCCGGAGCUCCCAAAACCCGAAAGUUCCUCAACCUGUUUGCCAACAACAACAGCAGCCAUUACAGCGCCACCGGUGCCGGUUCCUUCGGUAUGUUCUCUUGUGUUCUGGACGGAGUGGAGCGGCAGCAGAGCCACCGAGCCGUCUACAGGUUCGUCCCCCGUCACGCAGACGAGCUGUACCUGGAGACGGACGACCCGGUUCUGAUGCUGGCCCAGUCUGAGGACCUGUGGUGCCAGGGCUACAACAUGAGGACCGGCUCCAGCGGCAUCUUCCCCGCCUUCUACGCCGUCAGGGUGCCCAAAGAGAUGACCCAGGUUCAGACGGACGGCUGCACGGAGCAGUUCAUGGUCAGAUUUCUGGGUUCAGUUCAGGUUCCCAUCCACACCGGCAGCGAUGUGCUGUGUGCUGCCAUGCAGAAGGUGGCCUGUAACCGGCGCUCAGCAGGUCAGCCUCCGUCGGCCUGUGUGCUGGAAGUCAGCGUUAAAGGAGUGAAGAUCAGCGUCCAGGACCAGUGUCAGUCUGCUCACCGGGGUGACCAGUGUUUCCACUUCUUCCAGUUGAAGAACAUCUCGUUCUGCGGCUGUCAUCCCAAACACAGCAAGUAUUUUGGUUUCAUCACCAAACAUCCCGACCAGCAGCGCUUCGCCUGCCACGUGCUGAUGUCAGAAACAACAUUACAUCCUCUGGCCGAGUCUGUCGGGAGGGCCUUCCAGCAGUUCUACAAGGAGCACAUCGGCUACUCGUGUCCCACCGAAGACAUCUUCAUCGAGUGACGUCCUCACUGCGAACCUCACUACGUGCAUGUGAGCCUGGUUCUGACGCCCGGACUGGACCACCGAUAUAUCUCCUCUGCAUGGUGGAUUCGUUUCUUUCUGCAGCUGCAUCCGGCGGUACGGCGAGCUUCUCCUUCCUACAGCCACGUGUCAGUAUCGUGAAUACCUCUGUAGAUGGACGGGAUCAGACGAGAAGCUCCGUAAACCCGUAAACACAAAUAUCUAUUUUAUCAGUAAAAAAACAAAACAGACCUAUAUGUAACUGCACAUAGAUAUUAAACCUCCCUGAAGACCUUCUCCGUCCUGCAAAGCCACAACUCAGUAACUGCACAUUUGGUUUUAGCCGAGUUCUGAAUCGGACUUUCUGACGUCUUAUAUCAACAUAUAAACAUCAUAUUGUCAUAGAAACGAGCUACAGCUGCCUGUAAACUAACCUCAGCUGCAGCUAACCGAACAAACACAUUUUAAUGCUCAGACAUGUUUUUAUAUCCCAUAACAAUGCAGCAGCGGAAACAUGAUAGAUUUUAAAAAACAACAAGACAAAGAAAAGGUGCUAAAAGCGAACUAGCCCGGCUUAGCAGAGCAGCAGCGAUGGUUUGAUUUGGUUCAACUGCCUUUAAAUCGUAUUUCAGGGUUUCUGUUGGUGCAGUUGCUGCUCUGUGACUUUGCAGAGUCGUCAUAAAGUUCAUUUAACGACGGAACGUUUUAAUUCUCGACUCGUGAAACUCGCAGCCGGAGCUCGAAUGAGUGAUCAGUGACAGUUUGGUAAUGAUUUAACCGUUUGAUCAGUCGGCCACGUUAGCAGCUGUGUGAGUCUGUGCAGCGCCGCGGCGUUUGUUGGUCUGAAGAUAAACCAGAUGAAGUGACAGGACAAGUUUUCACCGACUUGUUCCUCCUCCGAUUGUCGACCGGCAUGGAUGGUUUAUGGAACGGGCCAAUUUAAUGACCACAAAUAUCCUCAAAUCAACCACAAAGAGACACAAAAUUACUGCACAGAGACUCAGAGCAACUGAAAGUGAACAAACAGAGAGAUGCAAAACAACUAUAAAGUGAUUUAAAAAAAAAUACAAAGAGACACAAUCAGACUACAAAAAGACUCAAAAUGACCAAAGAGACACACAACAACUACAACAAGAUGGAAAUGGACAAGAAAAAGACCAAAGAGACACAAAACGACCACAGAAAAAAGAACAAAGAACAAAGCGUUAAGAAAAAAGAGUACUUACAGCGUCAAAGUAAGGAAAGAGACACCAAAAACCUACAAAAACUGACAAAAUAACUAUAAAGAGUUGA